AUGGAGAUGGACGGGAACGAUUUAACGACUAUCAGCCGUGGGGCACUCGAUGUCCCUAAAGACACCCACAUGGAGGCACUCGAAGACUUACCGAUAGUCCCGAAAGAUACUUGUACCGACUUUAUCCCCACGGAGACCGAUAUAAGCCUACAAGCUAUUGGCAAUUUGCUCAAACUACUUCAGGAUUUGAAACUCGAGGGGAUUGACAGUAUUGAAAAGCAAAGAGGAACUACCCAGCGGACUGCCGGACGAAUUGAAAUUGGCGGCACCUCACAGCCGCAGAAAGGUCCCCUUUUCCUUGAAGACCUAGAACGCCGGAUCCUUCUCGUCAGAGCAUGUAUCGACCAAGUCGAUGAUUUUAUCAAGGAUUUCAAAAUGAGCCAUUUGAAUAAAACACACCGAAUUUUCCAACAAGGCCAGCUUCGACCGACGGCGACCGAUCAUAAUCAACAUGACGAUACAGAGGGGAGCGACAUAUGCCCAAUACAAAAGAAAAGGCUAUCAUUUGUCUCCAGCCCUGAUAAUAAACCCAAUUCCCGACUGACCACGGCGGAGUUGGCUCCGCAACCAGGUAGGCAAAGCGAGCAGAAGGUCAUGGAGCGAUGGGCGGAUUUAGCGGAGAUAGACCGAGCUAUAAAAGAAAAAGGAGACGGGUGGAAUGGCGAUCUGGAGCCGGAGAUGGAGGCAAAAAUAAGGGAAAUGGAGGAUGCCGUCGAAGAUUUGAAUGAUGUGGUAGAAGAAUUAUCAGAUUGCUUCAAGGAGCUAAUGAGCAUAAUGGCCGAAGAGGAUGAAUAA